AAGCAAAGCAAACAUUUUCCUCUCUCCCUUCAAGGCUCCUGCAAAACACAUCCAAUUUUUUACCCAGCAUAGUCGUUGCAAAGCAGAACAAAGACAAGCAAAGGAAUGGCUUGAUUGCCAGAGGAAGCCGUUUUUUCAAGAAAAUGGGGAACCAGGAUGGGAAGCUUAAAAAAACUGCAGGUGAUGUGCAGCAGCAAGAGGGGGGAGAACCAGGGCCCAAAGAUGGAGAGAAUACAAAGAAGGGAGGAAAAAGGACGCUUGGGAAACGUGGUGAUCAGAGUAAAAAGAGAAGCAAAUCUGAGUCCAGGACAUCAGUGUUUUCUAAUUUAAGGAUCAGAAAGACAUUAUCCAGGGCCAAAGAUGGCACAUGUGGGUCUAAAGAGGAUAUGCUGGGCAGCCAGGCCUUGCACACAGAGGAGAUGGACAGUGCCCUGUCAGUUGCCACAAAAACUCCAGAUAUUAGCAUUUCUGCUGAUGAAGGGGGGCUUUCUGAUACAGAUGCAGAUCAUUUUGACAUCCCCCGUGAUACCCAGGCUGCAGCUGCUGGUGCACAGGAAGGACAAAGAACCAGCUCGGGCUCUGACACAGAUAUCUACAGCUUCCACUCAGCCACGGAACAAGAUGAUUUGCUUUCUGAUAUCCAGCAGGCUAUCAAACUGCAGCAUCAUCAGCAGGGAUCCUUUGAUACAGACACAGAUAAUCUGCUGUCUAAAGUUGUGGGCAGACACCUGGUUAGCUCUGGUACAGUGUUUUUGGAUGCUGCUGAACAAUUGAAUGCACUGGAUAAAGGCAGCCCCACUGCAGCUGAUGACAAUAUUAUUGCAACAGAAGACAUUAUUUUUGAUUUUAAAGAAAUAGAUUUUCCAGAUGAGUCCAAAAUGAAAGAGGAUAUUAAAAUUGAUGACAUUACUGUUGAAAUAAAUGACAUUGCCACUAAAGAAAGUGAAAAUGCAGUAGAGGAUAGUCACCCUGCCAAAGGUCCUGUCAUUGGGGCUGUAGCAAAUAAAGACGAGGAUGUUGCAAUUGGCCAUAUUGUUAGUGAAAACAAUUUAAGGAAUCAAGUGUGUGAAAAAGAGGAGAGGGAUGCCUUGAUUUUUGAUAACAAGAAUAACACUAACUUAAAUGCAGAUGUAGUGGACAGUGGAGCGCACAGCAGACGUCCAUCAUUCUCCAACCAUAUGGGAGUUAAACCCUACCCUGCAAUUCAGCCACAUUACAUUAAAACAACCACUAGACAAUUAAGUUCACCCAACCAUUCCCCUUUUGCAUCGCCAUCCCAUAGUCCCCAGUUAAUAAGAAAAGAAGGACAAUGUAAUAAGCAUGAUAGUAUGGUGGAAAGGAAAAAGAGGUCAUGCAGCCUAGCAGGAACAAUCAGCAGGUCUGCAGACUGGACAGAGGAACUAGCCAGCCGCCAAAAUAAAAAUUUGAAGAAAGGGAGUUCUACUGACUACUUGGUUUACACGGCAAAUGGUAGGAGUAUGGCUGCAGAAAGUCUUCCCAACAUGUCCAGGAGGUCAAGUGCGCACUCCUCCACUCUGAACAUUCCAAAUGUGUUUACAGGACGGAAUCUCUUGGAAAAGUUAUUUAAUCAACCGACAAGUGCGCCGGAAGAAGCAGAGAAGCUCUGUUCCCAGAUCAUUGCCGUAGGCCUUUUAUUGCCUUUCAGUGAUUGUUUCCGUGAGCAGUGCAGCAAGAGUGCACCACAAAUUCCUUCAACAUUCAAUCAAGACCAACUUUAUACCUGGGCUGCUGUUAGUCAACCUACUCACUCUUUGGAUUACUUAGAGGGGCGGUUUCCACGGAGACUACAGACAGCAUGGCCACCUGCACAAUCAGAAACAGAAACGGAAAAGCACUUGCCUGAUUGUGAAGUGGAAAAAAAAUGCAGUGAAGAAACAAUCCAAAUAAAGGAGGAACCUGAAUUGAAAGCUACUUUUCUUAAGGAAGAUCACAUAAAUGUAAUACAACAGCUUGAACAAACUAUUGAAGACUUGAGGACUAAACUUGCUGAGCAUGAAAAACUCUACAUGCAAAAAAAUAACUUUUCAUCACAUGAAAAAGUGGAACAAAAUGGAAAUAAUUCUCAAUUGCAUAAUGCAGAAGACAUACUUAUAUUAAAAAGAAAUGUAGAGGGAAAAUCCGUACAGACCUCGCCAGUAGAAGAAGUGCCUUCCAUUUUAAAGUUGCCACAAACUACGGACACAGUUGCCACAAACAAAAAUGCAAAAGUUCUUCCAUCAUCUUUGGAACUUCAAUCACACUUAACCUUCUGUUCUGAAAUAUCGGUGGUGUUAUCACCAAAGCCAAAUUCACAGGAGUUUGAUACAAGCCAGCUUAUGGAUAAUACUCUACACUGUACAGAAAAUGUUCAUACCUCUAGCUCUGCAACAUUAUUGCCAACCAGUAAAAUCCCAUUUGUCAACUUAGAGUCUGCAAGAAUUCCAUCCCCUCCACCUCUUCCCGCUAGCAUAAAUACCCCCUCUCAAAUACCAUGUAAAACUGAUAUCCCUACUCCUCCUCCUCCCCCACCUCCAUCAUUUAUUCCCGGUAUGGGGAUUCCAGCUGCUCCACCUUUUCCCUUACAUUCUGGAGACAUGCAAAAUUCCCUACCUCCGCCACCCCCUCCUCUUCCUGUUGGUAUGGGAUUUUCAUCUCUUCCUCCCCCGCCGCCUCCUCUUCCCUCUUUCCUUAAUUCAGGCAUUCCACCACCUCCUCCUCCCCCUCCUCUUCCAAAUGGUAUGGGUUUUUUAAAUCCUCCGCCACCACCUCCUCCGCCGCCUCUUCCUCCUGGAAUGGGAAUAUCCCAUUUAUCUGCUGCCAUGGCACUUCCACCUCCACCCCCUCCUCUUCCUCCUGGUAUGGGAAUAUCUCCUCCAGUACCAGCAGUCAAUGGCAUGCCUCCCCCACCGCCUCCCCCACCCCCACCUCCUCAUCUUGGAAUGGGGGUAAGGUCCAAUCUACCUUUUAUGGGGAACUCCCAUCCUCCUCCUCCUCCCCCUCCCCUUCCGCCAUUGCCAGCUGCUUUUGGGGGUUCCUCAGAGACUUCAUUCAUUCCUGGGACAGUUCCCCCACCUCCACCAUUUCCUGGUAUAGCUCCCGCACCUCAUGUUCAAGGAUCUAUUUUUCCACCAUUUGCUUCUGUGCCAACCCAUGGUUGUUUGGCACCUCCUCUGCCAGCAGGUUUAUAUGCAUUUGGAUUAAGUCAAGAAAAAGGAGUCAGGAAAGCUGCAAUUGAACCAUCCAGGCCUAUGAAACCUCUAUACUGGACAAGAAUUGAACUACAUGCUAAAAGAGAUUCUAAUGUUCCUCUUGUUUGGGAAUCCAUCAAAGAGCCAGAAAUAGACUUUCAUGAGCUGGAAAAUCUGUUCUCUAAAACUGCAGUAAAGGAAAGAAAAAAGCCCAUUUCUGAUACAAUAACCAAGACUAAAGCUAAACAAGUUGUUAAGUUGUUGAGCAAUAAAAGAUCUCAAGCAGUCGGAAUAUUAAUGUCCAGUCUUCACUUAGACAUGAAAGAUAUUCAGCACGCUGUCCUAAAAAUGGAUUACUCAGUGGUGGACCUAGAAACUCUUCAAGCUUUGUAUGAGAAUAGAGCCCUUGCAGAUGAACAAGAGAAGAUUGAAAAGCAUGUUAAGUCUUCAAAGAACAAAGACAGCACUAAACCUUUGGACAAACCAGAGCAGUUCCUUCAUGAACUUUCCAUGAUACCAAAUUUCUCAGAAAGAGUUUUUUGCAUUCUGUUCCAUUCAACAAUAUCAGAAAAUGUUAGUUCCAUCUGCCGUAAACUUGAAUUAAUACAGAAAGUGUGUGAGACUUUAAGAGAGGGCCCAACAGUGUUGCGUGUCUUGAGCUUGGUACUUGCUUUUGGAAAUUACCUGAAUGGUGGGAAUCGAACUAGAGGCCAAGCCGACGGCUUUGCAUUAGACAUACUGCCAAAACUAAAAGAUCUAAAGAGUAACGAUAACAGCAGGAAUUUGCUUUCUUACAUAGUUUCAUACUAUUUACGUCACUUUGACGAGAAUGCAGGCAAAGAAGAAUGUGUUUUUACAUUGCCGGAACCACAAGAUCUUUUUCAAGUGUCGCAGAUGAAGUUUGAAGACUUUCAGAAAGAACUCCGUAAAAUAAAGAAAGAGUUACAUGCAUGUGAGACAGAAGCUGCAAAAGUUUAUCAGAAAUCAUCAGAGGAACACCUGCAGCCUUUCAAAGACAAUAUAGAAGAAUUUCUUAAAAAAGCCAAAAUUGAACAUGAAGAUGCAGAUAAAUUGUUGGCAGCAGUUCAUUCAAGGUUUUUAGAAACUGCAUCUUAUUUUAGUGUAAAACCAAAACUUGGAGAAAAGGAAGUGUCUCUAAAUUCAUUCUUCAGCAUAUGGCACGAAUUUAGCACAGACUUUAAAGAUUAUUGGAAGAAGGAAAAUAAAAUCAUUCUUCAAGAAAGGUUAAAAGAAGCUGAAGAGGUAUAUAAACAGAAAAAAGAAAAAACAUCAAUUGUUGUAAAACCAAAACAUGAAUCCGGAAUUAAAGCAAAGUUGAGUAUGAGAAGUUAAUAAAACGAUUCCAUGAAGUCCAUUGUGUAAAUGGAGAGUCUUCAAAACACCAUUUCUCCCAAUUGCAUUAGAUAGUAAUGUUUUAUAAAACUGUUGUGCUGGGAGACACUUUAUUGUAAAAGAGCCCUCUUGAAUCAGAUAAAAUGAAUGGAACAUAAGGUGACCAUAUUUAACAUGCUUCAGGUGUCUUGGAGUUAAGAACUGUAUUCAGGGUGCAUAAUGAUCUCACACACAUUGUAUAAGACUUUAGCACCAACCAUUGCUUUGUUCCAUUUUAAGCAAAAAGGAGUUUUAGGGGGCCGUUGACUGCACCUUGUUCUCUGUCAUGGAUGAUAGCCAUUUUCUCCCAUUCUAAAUACCACACCUCCAUUUGUCCUUUAAAAAAAAAAAAGUCUCCUCUCUUUGAUCCCAUAGCACACAACAUGUUUCUAUUGAUAUAGUCUGUGAUGGGUAAAAGUUAUUUUUUAGCUUUUUGUUUCUGGCCAGCAUGUGUAAAACAAAAUUUUAUUUUUUGAAAAUUAAGGCUAUAUAUUCAGUCUUUGCUUGAAUUUUGCAAAAAAAAGGGAUUUUAACAUGUCUUAAUUUGUGCUAUUGAAAAAUAUAUAAUUUCAGUUGUUCUCUACAACUUGACACAGAUGUUUUGUUAGCCUGGCUUUCUGCCUCUUUGCACACCCCUACAGCUAAAUAAACUACCAGCGUAUUUGGCUAUUUGUAAUAGAUUCAGAGAUGUUUGCAAACUUAGAAAGCAUUAUAGCACUUA